UCGGGAGUCAUGCGGAUGGAAGACGGGAGUUGGCAUCCGCUGUGCACGAGAAAAAGUCACAGGAGGAAAGAUGCACGAAGAAGAGGAUGGUGGUCAGAUGAGCUCGCGCACUACUUUGCGGAUGGCGCCCUCCAAGUCCAUGGAUUCGACCGACGGGGACGGCGCGAAGGAGCAGUGCUCCAAACUAUGCGGCUACCUGAAUAAACUGUGCGGAAAGGGGCCUCUGAGGGGGUACAAGCCGAGGUGGUUCGUGUAUGACCCGAGGAGGUGCUACUUGUACUUUUUCAAGACUCCCCAGGAUGCGCUGCCGCUCGGACACAUCGAAAUUAGCGACGCGUGCUUCAACUACGACGUGGAAGGCGACGAGGGCCAGUUUGAGAUCCGCACUUCAGAUAAAGAGUUUCUGCUGAAGGCUCCCAGCAGGCAGGUGAUGAAUUACUGGCUGCAGCAGCUGCAGCAGAAACGCUGGGAGUACAGCAGCACUCGGGGCUCUGGGCAUAGAGACAGCUGGAGCUCCCCGACCCUGGUCUACCCCAAUACUGGCCUCGUCAGCAAAGACAAUAAUGGCUUCAUCUUUGAAAAUCUAAGCGAGAGCAUGGAGAAGGUACGUAGCGACUUUGCCAUGGAGACGGAAACAGAUGGUGUGGCAGCGGUGGCUUCACAGUCAGCCAGAGGGUCAUCAGGAGUGUCCACCAACCCCCUCAACUUCUCCAUCAAAAACAUCGGUACAGAACUCAGGAACUCCAUGUCUUAUCUGCGGCAGGCCCGAGGAGGCGAGAACAGACGCAGCAUGUUUUACACCAGCAACACCGCAGAGGAGUGGGAGCUGGUGGAUCACCCGCCCAAAGACGUCACUGAGCCAAAACCCCAUUCAGACACACACAGACAUUCCUUUGGAUCAACGUUUUCCUUUGAAUUUGGGCGCAAUUCAACACGAACCAAGAGACCAUUGCUUCGAGACAUGAUGGGCCCUGUAAAGUUUGGGCGGAGUGCUGAAUCACGCAGUCCUGAGAACUCUCCAGUGGAGUGUAACGGCAGCAAACCUGUAGAGAUGCAGCUUCGCCUCCAGACCCAGCAGGAAGAACUGAACCAGAUGCACCAGGAACAGGCCAAACUGAGAGAGGAGCUGGCGAGUCAUAAGGAGCUGGUGAGACUUCUGCAGCAGACUCUAAGGACCUCCCAGUGUGAUAGAUAUCAAGUGGGCCAUCCAACACCAGCCUCAGCUCUAGAUCUAUCAUCUCCCACAGAUCAGACACAAGCCUCAGUCAUAACCCCACCAGAGAUCGCAAAGCUGGAAACACUACUGCAGGAGAAGGAUGGACAAAUCCAGUCUCUGUGUGGUCACAUGGAACGCCUCGCCUUGGAGAAAGAGAGUCUGCAGCAAGAGCUGAAGGGCCUGAAAAUCAAGGUGGGAGACAUUAAUGACCAGCUGGGCAUGCUGAUGGAGACAAUCCAGGCUAAAGAUGAAGUCAUCAUGAAGCUGUCACAGCAGGGCUUAGAAUACAGCAACAGUUCAAAUGACAGCAGCUCACCAAACAAGGAGCAGCAUGAACUGGACAUUCUUAAGGACAGUCUUGAAGGAUACAAAUCCCAGAACAGGUUUCUGAACAAAGAAAUUCUGGAGUUGACAGUGUUGCGCAGAAAUGCAGAGAGCAGAGAAAAAGCUUUAGAAGCUAAGUGCACGGCUCUGGAGGCCAAGUUGUGUCAAGUGGAGAGUAAGUAUUUGGUGCUGCUUCAGGAAGUGAAGACACCGGUGUGUUCCUCUUCAGAGCAGAGCCCAGCUCGCGAGGUCAUUUCCAGAUUGCUGGAAGAUGCACUGCAGGCAGAGACCACUGACCAACAAGAUCACCCCAUCUUCAAGCCAAACAGUGUCAGCGAGUAUGACAUCUAUGGCUUCAAAACGGUUCCUGAAGAGGAGGAAGAGGAGGAGAAGCUGGUUGCAAAGGUGAGAGCUUUGGAACUGAAGUCUUUGUCCAUGACGAAUCAGGAGGUGUCUGUCGGUGUUAAGUGGGAGAACUACCUGGCCGGCACAAUGAACAGAGACUUGGUGCGCUCCCCAGAACUCAAGGUCCUGAUUCGCAGUGGUGUGCCCCAUGUGCACCGAUCCAAAUUAUGGCAUUGGUGUGUCAAUUUACAUGUCAGAAAGUUACGAGAACCCCUUCCAACUGGCUAUUAUGAGAGUUUACUGACUGUGGCCCGGGAGAAGCCCAAUCCGGCGUCAAAGCAGAUUGAGCUGGACUUGCUGCGCACGUUGCCCAACAACAAGCAUUACUCCUGCCCUAGUGCAGAAGGCAUUCAGAAACUCAGGAACAUCCUGAUUGCUUUCUCUUGGAGGAAUCCAGAUAUCGGAUACUGCCAGGGACUAAACAGGCUCGCUGCCAUUGCCUUGCUCUAUCUUGAUCAAGAGGAUGCCUUCUGGUGCAUUAUAGCCAUUGUGGAAGUCUUUAUGCCAAGAGACUAUUAUACCAAAACUCUGCUUGGUUCCCAGGUCGACCAGCGCGUGUUCAAAGACCUCAUGUGUGAGAAAAUCCCACGGCUCCAUGCGCACUUUGAGCAGCACAAAGUGGAUUUCUCCCUCAUCACCUUCAACUGGUUCCUGGUGGUGUUUGUUGACAGUGUGGUGAGCGACAUCCUCUUCAAGAUUUGGGAUGCCUUUUUGUACGAGGGUCCAAAGAUCAUAUUUCGCUUUGCCCUUGCUCUCUUCAAGUUGAAAGAGGAAGAGUUCUUGAAAUUACAAGAUUCCACAGCCAUCUUCAAAUAUCUGAGAUGUUUCACACGCACAAUCUUGGAUUCAAGGAAGCUGAUGAGCAUCGCUUUCGUGGACAUGAACCCCUUCCCCAUGAGGCAAAUCCAGAGCCGCCGUGCCUUCCACCUGGAGAAAGUUCGUCUUGAGCUGACUGAACUGGAGACAAUCAGGCAGACCUUCCUGAAGGAGAGAGACACCAGUCAGGCCAGGCGGUCCUUUGUCAGUGACGAUGAGGAAGAUAACUGACCUCCACCCCAUCAGACUUUCUUACUGCGUUGCUGAAGUUUAAAGGGCUCCAAGACCACCCCCACCCCCGUGAAUUGCUCAACAGUGCUUCAGCAAACAACUUUCUACCUUUCUGAUCAAAGUUUUGUUAAAGGACCAAACUUUGCCUGCCAAAUGAGCUCUCUGUCAGUAUUCCACCAUUUUCUUUCCAAAAGAAUGCCUUAUAUGCUGUAUGCUUUAUGCUGUGCUGUGACUCUUCGUCUUUCAAUGUCAUUCAUCCAACUUGCAGUCCGAAUCAGUAUUAUUGAAAAUAUGGAUUUGAUCUUUUCAUAAGUUGGGGAUUUUAUCCCUUUUUGAAGGAAUAAGUGCAUAAUUGCAACCUGUUUCCAACCUGUUGUGGAGAUCAUAGGAUAUUGUCAGUUUAAGAAAGUGUUGGUGCAUCCUGCAAAUUUUCUGUUAUGCUGUUUUAUUCUCAAUAUUAGAAAAUCGUUUUAUUUAUAUAUAUAUUUUUUAAGAUAGAAUAGUAAGUCAUAGCAUUUCUCCCAGUUUACUGCAGUUAAAAAUGACUAUUAACAAAAAAAAUUCACUCACCCCUUUUCCCUUGAGAGAAAAAUGGUUUUGCAAAACAUAAAAAUGGAUUAUAGCUGUGAUUGUUCUGGCCCUGUUUAACGGCUGGUUUGAAUGCCUUUGUUGUCCUCAUGAUGGCAGCAUUUGUGCACCCAGUGACUGUACGGUACCGUCCACGCAGAAUGACUGGUUUUUAUAUCAGCACUACUGUGAUUUAUUUUCAAUCAAAUAGCUGUUUAGUCAGAAGAUGGUGUCAGAUUUGUGUGAAAAUCUGGUUAGUAUUCUGUCAGGAAAGUAUUUUAUGUGGUUAUGUGUACUGAAAUGUCUUCCUUUGUAGGUACUUUUUUUUUUUUACGUCUCACAAUUGUCACAUUUAAAUUUGGCCUAUUAUAAUCAAUAUUCAGAUUUGGUUAAUUUAUUCCCUGUUGUCUGCUGAUAUAUUUACAUUUUGCUGUAACUUUAUUUUGCAUAAUGUCUGUUUAUAUUUCAAAGUUUUUUUUGUUUUUUUUUUACAGCUACAGAAUUAUCAGAUGUAGGAUUUUUAUUUACUUUUUUCCUGCAUCACCUGAACAAAUAGAGGAAAAUGCUUUCAUCAGCUGAACAGUAAUUUUAAUUUUUCACAGCAGUCCUCUCGGGUGAUUCACAUUUAAAGUCCACUUGUUUUGUAGAGGGCUUUAGAGGUCUUGUUUCAACACAGCUGUUUGUUUAUUCAAUUUUCAUAUUUCUGUCAGUUUUUGUUUUCCUUGAAUAAGCUACAUUUAAAGCUGUCUUUUCCCGGCAAUAUAUUGCACAAAUGUAGUGACGUCACAAUAUAGUGCACUUCACUUUGUAUGCAGAUCAUUUUUUUAAUUAGUAUCUUUGUGCAAAAUGUUAAUGACAUACCACUGUUGUGUUCAAUAUUAGUUAAAAGACAAAUUCAAUAAAGAAUGGCUCUGUGCAAAGUGUCUGGUCCAGCAGGUGCUGUAAACAAAAGAAAAAGCCACAGCUUGAUUUAGCAACGCUCACUUCCUUAAAUGCUUGAUGGUAAUAACUACCGAUGAUUAUGCUGGUCAUGUUUAUUGAUGGCCUGCUUCUGUCACGCAGCAGUGUCACAGCGGAGCCGUCAGGGGGUGGGAACGUCUGCACACACAAAAGCCUGAUGGUGCUGCCACAAGCAGAACAGCAGCGAGUGAAGGAGAAGUUUAAGACUGAGCCACAGCCACCGGUGGGUCAACACAGCAGCCGUACCACAAGUGGGAACUAAUGUGUCACCAGCUCUGACGAGCAGGGUUGGACUUGUGGAGAAAAGGAGGAAGACGGAUACAUAGCCUUGAGUGGUGUGUGUUAAAGAGAGAAACUACAUCAAUGAGGACAUCUGGCAUGGCGGUGUUCAAACAGCAAAAUGUGGAUGACUUCUAUGAAAUUGGAGAAGAACUAGGAAGCGGUCAGUUUGCUGUUGUGAAGCGCUGCACUGAGAAGAGCACAAAUUUGGAAUAUGCAGCCAAGUUCAUCAAGAAACGCCAGAGUCGGGUCAGCAGGCGCGGCGUGAGGAGAGAGGAGAU